AUGGAGACGAGCUUCAAAUCGACCCCGCACUCGGUGAAGCGGUGGCAGCUCAGCGGGACAGACUACGAAGCCCGCAGCCUCCAAACCCGCUUCAGCUGCUGGACUCCUCUGAACAACAAGCCGGGAAACCUGCAGUUAUUUGAGGAGAGGAUCGGCCUUGUGCUCCACUGGUUUGACCUGUGGACGGACAGACAGAGGAAACACCUGCUGCACACUCUGCUCACACGCUGCGCCAACUCACAGCUCAAGUACUGUAGGGAUUUGCUGAUUCAGACGCUUCCAGUGACUCAAGUGGACUUUACGGCGGUGCUGCCACGCUUCCUGUCCCUGUAUGUGAUGUCAUUCCUGUCUCCUCGUGACCUCUGCUCUGCCGCCCAAGUCAGCUGGCACUGGAAGGUCCUGGCUGAACAGGACUGUCUCUGGGCAGGCCGCUGUACCCGAAGAGGCUGGUUUCUUCCAUACACUCCUGGAGAAAGAGAGUUCGGAGCGUGGAAGAACCACUAUGUGUCCUGCGUGUCCACUCUGGACUGGCUCACUCCCCGGGAGGCGGCGGAGUGGUACGGCACCCUCAACCAGCAAAGCAGCGGGUUGACAGAAGAGGAGGAAGAGAGAAGGAAGGAGAGGAGGAUCAGGCAGAUGAUCAGAGAGAAACUUCAGGAGGAGAAGAGAACAUCCAUGAGAACCAGGAGAGCCUGGGGCAGCUACACAAAGCCUGGAGAAGCCAGAGGUAGAUGUUCCCAGACAGGGACGCCCACUUCUGGGAUAACAUUCAGCUCAUGGCCCUCCCUUUCCUGGCCUCUGAGGACUGUUGAGUCUGCCAGUCUCUGUCUUAGCCUGGACCAGGGACAGUCAGUGACUGCAGCCCAGAACCUGGAGAGAGUCCAUACCCGGCCUAUCAGGUCAUUGCCUACACACUCACUUACCUUCAAUGAUAUCAGCUACCUCAAUCCUGUCUUUUUAUUGCUGGUCUCCAACAGAAUUCCUGCCUACGAGUUGGUGCUGAGUGGCGUCAAGGCAGGAGUGAUUGUAGUUCUGUAUGACCACAGAGGGACUCUCUCAGCUCUCUUAGCCCAGGUGGAGAGGGCUGUUUUUGGGCAGCGAGCGCAGAGGCUGGGCCUGUUAGCUCCGGGAGGAACAGAGGAAAUCCAUCUGCUUCACAGUUGUAGCCUAUCUGAGCGCACUCUGCCAACUCCUGACCACAGAGAAUUCUGGGAAAAACUGUGCGGCUGGGUGGCACCAACCGAGGAAGGAGGAGGUGUUGACAUCUUCUCACCGCUGGCAGCAUCAGCCUCAGGAGUGGCUCUCAUCCAGACUCUCUCUGCUCUUACUGGUCUCAAGGUUUGGGCGCCAACGGGUCUUGCCACUGGAAGUUUUCAGAAUAUCAUGAGCGAGUGGUCAGACGGCAGUGUGUGCACCGAGCUCUCAAACCAGCAACUGGCAGCCCCGGCGCACCAGUAUGUGUGUGAGAGCAUACUGCAGGGCUGGUGCAGACAGGCUCAGUGGAUGGAGGAGGCUCUGGUGGAGCUGAGGGGCCGCCUGGGGCCACAGCUACAGCAGGUCAGCCUCGUGGCCAGGGGCCGAGCUCUGGGUCAGUUUUUGUGGGAGAAAGUCUGUCUGGAGGACCUGUGUGUGUCAAAAGACCUAAGUGUGGCUCUGACUGAAGGACUCACUGCUCUCACCAUAGAGGAAGAGGCCCGACCGUUGGAGUUUCUCGCCAUCUUCCUGACAAGAUGGAGUGAGCAGAAGGAGGGAGGAGAGAGUAGUGGAGAGAAAAAGUGGAGAAACAUAGGAGUAGAUAAUUUCUCUUCAGCACCACAUAGCUCACAGAUAUGCAUGAUGCCUGAACAACCACAGAUGAUGUUAGAUUGGAGAGGCGUAGCAGCCAGAGAGCUGCACCACAGCGAGUGUCUUUAUCUAAGCAGACUGAACGCUGUGCUAAACGUGUACCAGGAGCCUCUUACAGCAUCUCUGAACUCCAACAGAGCCAUUCUCAGCUACGCUGACAUUCAGAUCAUCCUCAGCCCUGUCACACAAAUACUGGAGCUCAACAGAGUGUUUCAGGCAGAUCUACAGGCCAGGCUGCAGCAGUGGGGUGCAGAGCAGUGUAUAGGAGACGUGUGUGUAAAGCUGUGCUCAAAUCUCAGAGUCUACACCAACUAUUUUAACAACUACACCACUGCCCUCUCCACUAUUGACAAGUGCAGAGAGACGAAACCUGGAUUUCGAGCUUUCCUGAAGACCGCAGACAAAACUCUUGCAACACACAUGCUGAGCCUACAGGAGCUGCUGCUGUGUCCAGUCUGGAGAAUACAAGAGUAUGUGACUCUGCUACAAGCUCUGACAUUACACACCCCCCCCGCUCACCCCGACCACACACACCUCUCCUCCGCCCUCAACACACUGCAACAAUACAGAGGAUUUAUACACAAGUUAAAGAGUAACUCAGAAAGAGACAAAUUGAUGGAGGAAACACAGCAGAUGAUCCAAGGUUGUCCGAACCUCAGCGAAAGUAACAGGCAGCUAAUAAUGACUCAGGAUGCUGCUUUGCUCAGGAGCCCUGAUCAACAUAUCCCAGACUCUCUCAGGACCUAUGAGCAUGUGUCCGAUGUGGGCAUGUUCCUGUUUAAUGAUGCUUUGGUGCUGACACAGCGGAGAGUGCUGCACACACCUUUUACCCUUGCUCACCGCAGCACACACACCUUCCUCGCCUCUGUGGCCCUCGCCAGCCUGACUUUCAGAGAGAUCACACACACACCCUAUGUGUGUCAUGCCUUUGUCCUGGAGGGGCCUUGUCGUUCUUGGGUUUGUGCCACUAAGAGAGGUGAAGAGAGAUCGCACUUCCUGUCCGUGCUGAGUUCAGCUAUAAAAACAGCUCUGAAAGGACAUCAGUGAUGGCACCAUGACAGUACACCGGAAAGACAAGAGGAGGUUUGGACACCAAUAUUGUCCCUUUUUUUUUGUGUGUGGAAAAAAUAACAAAGAUCAGGAAACUUGAAAUUACCAAACUCUCACGCCACGAUUCAACAGAGCGACA